CGAUGUACUUCCGGACACGUGACUUACUGUCAUGGAAGCCCCCGUGCGCACAUCUGCGGCUUAAAAUCAGUCGCCUUUUCCUUUCUAUCGUACUUUAUCUUAUUUCCUCUUUCAUAUCAAUUGAGCCAUGAGGCGUUUACUACAGCUUGGACGUUCCUUUUCUCGCUGCCGCGCGCGUCUGUGCCACCAGAGCGUGUACAAAAGUCACGCCAAUGUACGAAGUGUGGGAGUGGAUCUCGGAGACAAAAAAUUGCAGAUUUCCUCUGGGAGGCUAGCCAAGUUUGCUGAUGGCUCUGCUGUUGUCCAGCUGGGUGACACCUCUGUGAUGGUGACGGCCGUGAGCAAAACCAAACCAUCUCCCUCUCAGUUCAUGCCUCUGGUGGUAGACUACAGACAGAAAGCGGCGGCCGCCGGCAGGAUCCCCACUAACUAUUUGAGGCGAGAGUUGGGCACCACCGACAACGAGAUUCUCACCAGCAGACUCAUAGACAGAUCCAUUCGACCUCUUUUCCCAAGCGGUUACUUUUACGACACUCAGAUUCUAUGUAACUUGCUGGCCGUGGAUGGUGUCAAUGAUCCGGACGUGCUAGCUAUUAACGCAGCCUCAGCUGCUCUCGCUCUCUCGGACAUCCCUUGGAACGGACCCAUAGGCGCUGUGCGUAUGGGAUUGGUGGAGGGCGAGCUACUGGUCAACCCCACCAGAGCGCAGAUGGCGACCAGCACGCUCAACAUGAUCGUGGCGGGGGCCCCCAGCAGUCAAGUGGUGAUGAUCGAGGCGUCGGCCGAGAACGUUCUGCAGCAGGAUUUCUGUCACGCCGUCAAGGUGGGCGUCAAGCACGCGCAGCAGAUCAUCCUGGCCAUCCAGCAACUGGCGCGGGAGCUUAAAGUCACCAAGCGCACGCCGCCCAAGAUGUUCUCGGCACCUGCGGAAAUGGUGGCGCACGUGCAACAAUCCGCCACCGAUAAGAUCUACGCUGUUUUCACUGAUUACGCACAUGAUAAGAUUUCAAGAGACGACGCCAUCAACAAGAUUCGCCUGGAAACCGAGGAGCACCUCAAAGAGAAAUUUCCUCAAGCCGAACCUUUUGAACUCAUUGAGUCCUUCAACACUGUGAGCAGGGACAUCUUUCGGAAUUUAGUGCUCAACGAAUACAAGAGGUGUGACGGCAGGGACUUAACGGCUGUGAGAGACAUCUCCUGCGACGUGGACCUCUUUAAACCACUUCAUGGCUCGGCGUUGUUCCAGAGAGGACAAACGCAGGUGCUCUGUAGCGUCACGUUUGAUUCGCUGGAAUCCAGCAUCAAAGCAGACAUCAUCACCACAGCUUUAAGUGGGAUCAAGGACAAAAAUUUCAUGCUCCAUUAUGAGUUCCCGCCCUACGCCACCAACGAGAUCGGCAAGAUGGGCGGUCUCAACAGGAGAGAGCUCGGACACGGGGCCCUGGCGGAGAAAGCGCUGCGGCCUGUCAUCCCUAAAGACUUCCCUUUCACCAUCAGGGUCACAGCUGAGGUGUUGGAGUCAAACGGGUCUUCAUCCAUGGCUUCGGCAUGUGGAGGCAGCCUGGCGCUCAUGGACGCAGGGGUUCCCAUUUCGGCGGCCGUGGCCGGCGUGGCCGUGGGCCUCAUCUCCAAAUCCAACCCCGACAAGCCCUCCGAGAUCCAAGACUACAGACUGCUCACUGACAUUCUUGGAAUUGAGGAUUACCUCGGAGACAUGGACUUCAAAUUGGCAGGAACAAACAAAGGCAUCACUGCGUUACAGGCGGAUGUGAAGAUUCCCGGUCUGCCGCUCAAGCUGGUCAUGGAGGCUAUCCAGCAGGCCACAGUCGCAAAGCGUGAGAUCUUGGGCAUCAUGAACACCACUCUGGCAAAACCCAGGACGAGCAGGAAGGAGAACGGGCCGGUUGUGGAGAACGUGCGCGUGCCCGUGUCCAGACGGGCUCGCUUCGUGGGCCCAGGGGGAUACAACCUCCGCCGGUUACAAGCUCAGACGGGCGUGACCAUCAGUCAGGUGGACGAGGAGACCUUCUCCGUGUUUGCUCCCACGCCGGGAGCGCUGAACGAGGCGCAGGACUUCAUCAGUGAAGUCUGCAGAGACGAUCAAGAGCAGCAGCUGGAGUUUGGCGCCAUUUACACUGCCACCAUCACUGAAAUAAGAGACAUUGGCGUCAUGGUGAAGCUCUAUCCCAACAUGAGCGCCGUCCUGCUGCACAACUCCCAGUUGGACCACAAACGAAUCAAACAUCCAAGUGCUUUGGGGUUAGAAGUGGGCCAGCAGAUUCAGGUGAAGUAUUUCGGACGGGACCCCACGGAUGGCAGGAUGCGCCUCUCUCGCAAAGUGCUGCAGUCGCCAGCCGCGACCGUGGUCAAGACGCUGAGUGAGAAGCAGAGCAUCUCCAUGGCGACGGCCGCAAACAGUGCAGGCAACGUCGAACCGUGAACAAGGCAAAACGCGCCAAGAGAAAACACAAUCGCUGGAUGUGACACUUGGAUGCACCACCGUGGAAAGUUGGACACGUGCUCUCUUUGCUGUGGCAAAGAAGGAAUGUGAUAAAGAAAACAACAGUGGUGUAAAACAUCACUACGUUAUUGAAAUAUGACAAGUAAAAUGUCUCAAUCGCAAUAUAUGUGAGGGAGGUCUUUGUAAAUAAAGUUUUAGAAUGGCUCUGUACAGUGAACAUGUCAUACAGUGAUUAUCGGGCUCACUCGCAAGAAGCUAAAUCUAAAUAAAUUUGGAUGGCAUUGCCAUUCAUUCCUUCAGCUUUCCCCAAAAUGUUUGUUGAGGAAAAUUGUACUCGAUAAUGUUGUAUUUUGUAGAAACACACAAAAAAAUAAACAUUUGUGAUGCAGUGACAUUGUAAAAAGUGAA